AUGUCGAAACUAUCACCAGCCAUCAAGCAGCUCAUCAACGCGCCCCACGCCAAACCACAUUACACAGUCCCCAACACCUCAACCUUACAACCCCUACUGAACCGCCUCGCAGAUGAAGCAGCAUCCAAGAAAGUCAGCACCCCCGCCUGGCUCACCUUCGGCACCGCCACAGCAAUGACCAUGAACGCCCCACGCGCCAUGAACAUGCUCUGGAGCACCGCCCAGCAACACGAUCGGUCCUGGUCUCCCGUGCAAACAGCAGAACUCCAGCGCGAAGUCGGACUAAAAUGUAUUUCAUUCAACGGCAUCCCCCGAACGAUUAACUGUCUCGGUGCAUUCUACGGAGCCCUACCUCAAGACGUAAGGCAAAAACUGUCCACGAAUCCAACACGAGAAUUCAGCCCGGACAACAUCGAACAACGCAAAACUGACGGCUUGGCGCUCUGGGACAGUGUCUAUUACGGCUUUGAGCGGAAAUUACUCGAUAAACUUGCUCAGAGCCAUCCCGACCUUCCAGUCCAUAUUAUUCACAGCCACUACGCAGGCGUCCUAUCAAACCCCAGCCGGAAAAGCUACGUCGAGGGCCAAGAGAAGCCGCGAGAAACACACGUCGGCCGUGUUCUGACAUCGCUUGUUGCAAUUUCGUGUCUGAGAGCACAGACCGGUGUCGGCCCUCAGGUCGUAAGUCACAUCUUCGGCUUGAGAAAGGCUUAUGAGCGGGGAGGUGCGACUGCGGCGGGUGAGGUGGAUAUUCCGGGUGGGCAAUGGUUGAGUACGGAGGAAGGGAAUGUGUGGUUGUUGAAUUGGAUUGAUGAGCUUGUUGGUGGGAUUGGGACGAUGCAGGAGGGUGAGGAGGGGCAGGGUGGUGCUGGAGGGACGACUUUUGCGCCUGGGAUGGGCGGGAAGGAGAAGGCGAAGCUGUAG